CAAGGACCACUGGGCUCAAGUCUAUUCUCAUUUGACCUUCCAGGCAGCAUGGCGUUCUUAAAAUUUGUCUUGGUGUCGUGCUUCCCGUUGGCUGCUGGAAACUCCUUGCACGUGGCAAGCAUUUGCCGCAAUCUCUCCUGCGAUAGCAAGUCUCACCCGCUGCUCGACUAUGACCCAGUGAAGAAAGAGUGCCUUUGUCGUGCGCACCCGUGUUGGAGCGACGCCAACAUGGUGCACACGUGCCCCAAGCCGGAGGCACCUUUCCUGAACUUCUACUAUACUGAGACGGGUCAGCUUGUUUGCGAGUGUGCCACUGCACCGCACUAUGAGACCCCUUACAUGACCAAGACCAAGUGCCCCGGCCAGAGAUGUAGAGAUGCAGAGUACCCCGUUCUUGACUUUGACGACUACACAAAGGAGUGCGUGUGCCGGGCUCACCCGUGCUGGGACUUGAACGGCUUGCAGCACAAGUGCAAGAAUGACAAGUUUCCAGUCCUGCGCUACCGGGAGGAAGAAAAAGAUGGCACCAUCAACCGCUUCUGUGAGUGUGUCACGAAGAUGAACCAUCCGGGCAUGGACGAGCUCUGAGAGGCUGCGGAAUAUCCGCGUAUGGGUCGGGCUCGAUGGGUUUUGUAACAUGAUUGCCGUUUUCACGAGUUCCACAACUUGGUGUUGUUUUUCUGGAUGCGAUGCGUUGAGGCCAGUCUGCGUGUGUGGUAUCAGAGGGCUGCUUGCGCCCUGUUCCUAUAGAUUCCGCCAAUCGUAGAUCAAGCUGCCAAACUGAGUCCCUGGACGUGCCAGCGAGGUGGGCAGGGC